UUUUUUUUAAAAAAAAUACAUGUAUUUAUAAUUAUAUUCUAUUUUACUUCAUAAUUUUGUAAAUGUAUUUGAAGAUAGUUUUCAACUGGAUUUUUAUUUGUCUCUUAUCGUGUCAAUGUGGGCCUUUUGUUCAUGCUGUAGCUGCAAAAGAAUUUAACUCUCAGAAAAAGCAUGAUAAAUUAUUUGGCAAGUUUCUUCAUAUCACUGACAUACAUAUUGAUCCAUUGUAUCUUGAAGGUUCUGAUCCAAGUAGAAUAUGCCAUACUAUUACUGGUAAUGGUUCUGAAAUUACUGGUAAAUUUGGCGCCUUGGGGACUCGAUGUGCUUCUCCAGUGCCACUUGUUGAUGCCACUUUUAAAUUUCUUAAAAAAGAGAUAAAUCAAAUUGAUUUUAUCAUUUAUACUGGUGACACCGUUAGACAGAAUCGAGAUGCUAAUUUACCUGUAACUCACGAUCAAGUAAUUAAAGGACACACACUAGUUGCUGAAUAUGUUUUGAAAAGUUUUCCAAAGGGAACACUUUUUUUUCCCACUAUUGGUAAUAAUGAUGCUUUCAUGUAUAAUCAACUUGAAGAAAAUGAUCCCUUAUUCCCAAUACUUGAAACUAUUUGGAAGCCUUUUAAACUUGAUUUGACAGAGACUUUCACAAAGGGUGGCUAUUUCAUUCAAGAAAUUAUCAAGAAUAAGCUUAGUAUCAUUAGUCUAAAUUCGAUGUUCUUUUAUAAUCCAAAUCUUGCAGUAGAAGAUUGUAUUUCUUCAACUAGUCCUGGUACAAUUCAACUCGAAUGGCUUGAGACUCAAUUAAAGAAAUUGAAGAAGAAGGAUGGUAAACAUCAAGCAUAUAUCAUAGGACAUAUUUCUCCUAUUGAUGAAUAUGGUAUUCGCAUUUUGAAAGACGCUUGUUAUGAAAAAUAUUUUGCUCUACUUGGAAAAUAUGGCAAGUAUAUUGCUGGUCAUUUUACUGGUCAUACAAAUGCUGAUACUUUAAAUGCUGUUAUUCCUAAUGGUAAUGGUAGUUAUGGAUUUAUAGCUGCUGACGAUCAAUAUGCUAUAGAGCAAAAAGAAAACUUAAAAAUGUCUAUUGUUCCCCUCUUUAAUGCACCCUCUAUUAUUCCUUCAAAUAAUCCUGCUGUUCGUGUUUAUGAUUAUGAAACAACACAUGAUGGCAAGUAUCCUAUAGGAACAAUUAGAGAUUGGGAUCAAUACUAUGUAGAUCUUAUUAAAGCUAAUGAAAAGAGAACAGUCAAGUUUAAAUUGGAAUAUACUGCCUCUGAUCUCUAUCAUGUUCAUUAUUUUGAUGGUAAAGGACUUGGUAAAGCUGUCUUAAAUGUUGCUACUAAUGAAAAUGCACGUCAACGCUAUCAAAGAUAUUUUAAUGUUUCUACCUGAAAAUAAUCUAUUUCCUCUUCUUAAUCUUUGUUCAAACAUGUUUAACACUCCCUUUCUUAUUAUAAACCAUACAUGUAUAUGUAUUUUAUGAAUAGGAUUUAUUCUAUUGUAAAUAUGAUAAAUCAACUUGAC